AACCAGGGGUCUAUGACUCUGGCCACAGUACAAAAGAAAAAUAUACAAUAAAAUUCUUUUUGUUCCAAUCUCGCUUACCCAUGUUAUCAGAUGUCCAGCAGACGAUAAGAUUAAGAUUAAAAGGAAGACUCAAGUGAUUUUUAUUCAGUGAAAUGAUUCACAUCCUGGAGGAUUGCUCUUCGAAACAAAACGUACAGCAGUGAAGUGAAACUAACAACAUCUCGUUUGGCUAACGUCGAUAAUAGCCACAGAUGCUGCUUCAAAUCUGUGUAAUUUGGAGAAAUGAGCAAAGAGUCAAGGAAUAGAAGUGAUCAAGCUCGUGAAGUGGCAGAGAUUUUCAUCAGUAAUAGUGCUGACUACUCAUCACAUUCUCUAACCAGAUAUCACGCAAUCAACACUAUGCCAAAUUAUUCACAUGAUUCUGUUUACCACAACGAAGACUACCUGCGUGAAAUGUUGGCUGCAGGUUCACCGAGAGAUGGAAGAAUAUCAGCUGUUCGAAGAUUCUUUUGUCUCUUUAUCACCUUUGAUUUCCUGUUUACAACUCUUAUGUGGUUAAUCUGCCUUGUGAUUAGCGGAGAAAACAUUAAAGAAAUGCUGAUUAAACAAAUAGUAAACUACACAAUACAUGAUUCCUUGUUUGACAUUGUGAUGGCCUCAGCUGGUCGAUUUGUGAUACUUCUUCUAUUUUAUGCAUUGCUUUGUAUCAAUCACUGGUGGGUGGUUGCGAUAACGACGGCGGGAAGUUGCGGGUUUCUCAUAAUAAAAGUCUUCUUUUUUGAGUGGACGAAAGCCACGAACUAUACAUUGGAUGUCUUUCUUGUGUUAAGCUCCUUUGUCUUGUCAUGGGGUGAGGCAUGGUUUCUCGACUUUCGAGUCCUCCCGCAAGAAUCCUUUGCCCGCGAUUUUUUCGGAGCUUUUUCUUCAGAUAAUGAACGUCAACCUUUGCUCCAAAAUCAAGCCACUUCAGUCCGCAGUCAUAACCUUGACGACUUUUACUCACCAAUCGAUUCUCCGCAAGAUUCAGAUGACGAUCAGCCAAACAGGGCGAAACGCAGUAGCGUUGAGGAUGAUGAAUUGGCGCGAAAGGCGCUGGAAUCAUUUGAGGAAGCCUUAAGUACAAUAAAUUCUGAUGGAUGGAAAGUUGAAAAGCAAACUCCUGAGGGUGACGUGGUCCACAGUAAAUUCGUCCGUCGAAAUCACAAAAUAUUCCGAAUAACAGGCACAGUUGAAAUUCCCCCCAAGUUGCUGUUUGAUGAGCUCGAUCGAAAUAUAGAGAACGUCCCAUCUUGGAAUCCGACGUUACUUGAAUGCCGUACGUUGAAGACGGUGAACGAAAAAGUCUCCAUUAGUUACCAGUUGGCAGCGGAAGGUGGAGGCGGCAUCAUCUCUUCUCGGGAUUUUAUUAACUUACGGUACUGCGAAGUGCGCGAUGGAGUCUACAUUUGUGCAGGAACUUCCAUCGUCUUCCCUGAGAUGCCUGCCCAAAAAGGAUACGUCCGUGGAGAAAACGGGCCGGGUUGUUGGGUUAUGACACCCAUUCCCAACGAGCCCAAUAAAUGCGUCUUCCAAUGGCUGCUCGACACGAAUCUCAAGGGUUGGAUUCCUCAGAGCAUCAUCGAUACAGCGCUAUCUUUUGCCAUGUGCGACUAUAUUCGUUAUGUUCGAAACUUCGCAGAGUCUUUGCGCCAAGAGGGAAAGUUUUGAACAAAAACUACUUUUGACUGAACGGCUGCCAUUCAGCCUCAUUAUCGAUUCCUUGUCAUCUCUUGAUCGUUUAUCUGUUAAUUUCUUCAAUUUAUUUUUUCUCCCUUCUAUCAAAUUAAUUCGGUUUUGUCAUCGGUGCAAACUCUGUACUUUCUUCUAGAUUCCAAUCUCCCUUGGCAUUUUCGAUCGUGGUAAUGGUUACGUUAGAUACUCUCUUGAUGUCAGCUCGCCUUUUUUAUAAAGUGCAUGUUGAUGUUGCCAUAAACCAUCGUGUGAAAUUGCACGAACGUGGAGGCUUAUUGUUUUCUCCCUUUUGCCGGGAGAGCAUUUGUUUUGUUUUACUGUAGGUAUCGUGAAAUUGAUUUCCCAAUCCCCCCCUUUUUGUUUUUUUCUUUGUGCGUCUAGAUUUCUAGAGCAGUCUCAUUUUGUAUGAGACGAGCACAUACAGUUAAUUGAGUAUAGUACGUGUCUCUGAUCAUUUCAUCCCAUCAUCUCUUGAUUUUCUUUUUAUACUGUAUGUAUGCAGGAAUUCUCAACGACAACUUAAUAAAGAAAAGUCAUUUUGCUACAAAGUGGCUGUAUUCAACGUGA